AUGUUAAACAAUGUAUCAACAACUGCAACAAGAAUUGGACUCAAAAUCAAUGUAAAUAAAACGAAAGUAUUUUCGUCUUGUAUACAAGAUGCUGAUAAAAUACCUAUUUUUAUCAAUUCACUGCCGGUUGAGGAUGUGCUGGACUUUAAAUAUGUUGAAUCCACUGUAAUCCCAAAUGGCCAGGCGAAGGAUAAAAUCGUAACCCGGAUAACGGCAGCUAGAAUUGUUUUUUGGUUGAUGAAACCUUUAUUGUCGCGAAAUCACCAUAAAGACGAAAAUCCGUGUCCAUAUAGUGCAAUUCAGCUUCGCCUUCUAUGGUUAAAGCGCAUUCUCCGUCGUCCACCACAGGAGUUGGUGCAUAUUUCGUUACUUGCCAAACCUUGCGAUGGUUAUUCUGUUCCAAGAUUUCAAGCACCUUAUCCACUCGUUUGGUUGCAUUCCAUAUUCAACGAGGAUUCAAGGCAAAUACUUAUGAGAAUCGGACAUAAAGUGAAUUUGGACAACGCCAAGGCUAAAAAUUUAUUGGGUAUGGAUUUCAUCGAUCCGAAAGAAUCGUUAAUAACAAUGGUAUACGACAUGAUCGAACGUGGUGUUUUACCGAAAAAAGCUGCUUAUCGAGGAAGGAGAACCCAGGAUUUUGAAUAA